CUGGACACCACCUGUGUCACACGUCGAUAAUCAACAGUCAGAGCAGUCCAUAUGUCCUAUUGUAUAUUACCGCGAGGUAACUGCGUGUUAUUUUUAAUGGUAUCGAGUGCGAGAUAUUAUCCAGUCCACCUAGAACAUUUUUUCAAGAUUAGUCAUGGAAAAAUUCUCACAGAUACUAACACGGAAGAUAUAAAACUGAUACUUCUACACUUUACACUCUAUACACUGGCAACAGUCGUACCAGUGUUAAAGUAUGGAUCACAGUAUCAAUAUUUAACAGGAGAGCAAGGCCAAGAUCGGCUCAUUAACUGUUUACUUAAUAAAAUAUUUAUACAAUUUCCCGCGUUUAUGGAUAUUGCUAAUAAUAAAACUUUAUGAAUCUGCCCGAGUUUUUACCAUAGUAUGCUGUGAAGUGCUGUAAUCUGUACCUACGGUCGUCUGACAAUAUUUAAAUAUGUAUAAGAAGAAUCCGAAAUUGAAAAAAAUCAAAUGUCUUUCAUGCAUAAGUGCUCCAAAGACUCCGGCUCAUCCAUACAGAAGGAGGAUUGAGUCUGGUUAUGGUACGGGUUCGGAAAACAGCUUGAAGCGCCAUGGCUCGACAGUCAGUCUCCAGUCAAACACGUACAGUACGGCGUCCGGUAGCAGCUUUAAACGCUCUUCGAGAAACAUCAAAGAAAAACUGGCAGAAAUUGAAACGUUCAAGGACAUACUUUGCCGACAAAUCGAUACUCUGCAAAAGUAUUUCGAUUUUUGCGUGGAGCACAAUGCCACCAGCUGUUUACCAGAUGAAGAAAAUCUUCCAACGAUCGAUUUCAAAGGCGAGGCUAUAACAUUCAAAACGACCACGUCCGCGGUCAUAGCUACACUCGCGCACUGCACCGAGCUGGUCUCGCAGCGGGAAGACGCUUGGAGGAGACGGCUGGAGAGGGAGAUGGAGAGGAGGAGACGGGCCGAGCAAUUGGCGAACGCUUACUUCGCGCAGUUGCAGAAGUGCGGGAACGCGCACCCGGGGCCAGAUUUGGAGGAAGGACCUCACAGUGUACUUGCCGAUGAUGAGUUCUACGAUGCAGUUGAAUCCGGACUGGAUAAGAUCGAAGAAGAGCAGGAGUUGAGAGAUAGACUGAAAAGCGGGCAGGUGCCUGUUACGCCGCCUGCCACGUCGCCGGCUUGCCAGCACAGAUUGUGGCCUGAGAUAGAAUCGGUAGUGAAACAGCAAGUAGCGUGGGCGCGUACCGGGAUCGGCGAAUGCGGACAAGGGUGGCAAUUGUUUGCGGAGGACGGAGAAAUGCGCAUGUACCGAAGGGAAGAAGAAGUGGACGGAAUGGCGGUGGAUCCAUUGAAGGCGGUGCACACCGUACCGGGAAUCACCGGUCACGAGGUGUGCCAUUACUUCUUCGGACCGCAGUAUAGGUAUGACUGGGAAACUACUCUCGAGCAGAUGACCGUGCUAGAAACGGUAUCAGACGAUACGUUGGUCUUCUUGCAGACACACAAACGGAUAUGGCCGGCUAGUCAACGCGAUGUGCUGUUUUGGUCGCACAUGCGGAAAUUGCCGAACGAGAAUGAUAGGGACGGACCUGACCUUUGGACGGUUGUAAAUAAUUCCACUACGCAUCUUGAUUACCCGCCAAACGUUGGAAAAUGCGUUAGGAUAUAUUUGAAAGUAUGCCUAUUGUGCCAGACUAGGGUGGAUCCACCAAAAGAUGGAGCGCCAUUGACGAGGGAUAACAUUUCUUGUAAAAUCACGUAUUGCUCUGUUGUUAAUCCAGGCGGUUGGGCUCCAGCGUCAGUGUUACGGGCAGUGUAUAAAAGGGAAUAUCCAAAAUUCCUCAAACGUUUUACAGCGUACGUCGUAAACCAAACAAAAAACAAACCUAUCAUGUUUUAGUUGUAAGGUCAGGGAUUAUUUUAAUUUUACACUGUUUUAUUUUUAAUAAUUUAUAUUCAUUAAAAUUAUUUUAUGUUUUCGUUUCGUUUUUUUUUUUUAAUCCAAAUGCUAUUUUUGAUGCCGUCCGCGUAGAUCUGUGUAAUAGAUGCGAUUCAAGUGAAAAUGAAUUUUAGUAAUUUGUGAUGCUUUACAUUUAAGGAAACUAGCGGAGUAGAGUAUAGUUGUACACGAAUAGUUGACACAUAAGUGCCAGAUUUUGUCAGAACCGACGAAUUCGGACUAGGUAGGAGGUGCAAGGUUACGAUUUAUUUUUCUACAAAAUCUCGGUCUUUACUCAAGAAAAAACUGCAUACAAUGUUUGUCCAGAAAAUACGUAUAAAAGUG